AUGUUUCCUACAAGUACACAGUGCAAAUUCUGGAUGUUCGGCAGUGAGGAAGAACUAAACAAGCUUAGAGAGAGCGCAAACACCAAACAUAUACAACGAUAUGGAAGGAAUGUCGGUGAAUCCUCUAAAUACGACUUUUUUCUCACACCGGAGGAAGAAAAAAUCAUGGUAAAACGCUUCGAAUUGCAUUUGAGAGACUUCUGUAAGAGAUUUCAACCUCCAAUGCCACGAUGCGUAAUUGGAACAGCUUUUCAUUACUUCAAAAGGUUUUACAUCCGUAAUUCUGUGAUGAAUUAUCACCCAAAAGAAAUUAUGGUGACAUGCAUAUACCUGGCUUGUAAAGUCGAAGAAUUCAAUGUCUCCAUCCAGCAGUUUGUUGCAAACAUUAAAGGAGAUAGAGAAAAAGCUACAGACAUUAUUCUAAACAACGAAUUACUUUUAAUGGAACAACUAGACUUCCAUCUAGCUAUUCACAACCCAUACAGACCGGUAGAAGGGUUAUUAAUUGACAUUAAGACUAGAGGCUCACUACAUGAUCCAGAAAGACUCAGACCUGGAACAGAACAGUUUUUGGAUAGGGCUCUUUUAACAGAUGCUAUAAUGCUGUAUUCACCUAGUCAAGUCGCGUUAGCUGCAGUGCUUCAUGCCGCUUCGAAGCUUCAAGAAAACCUUGAUUCAUAUGUUACAGAUAUUCUUUUUGGAGAAGGUGGUAGAGAUAAGUUAGAAAUUUUGAUUGAUGCUGUUAGAGCUAUAAGGUCAAUGGAAAAAAUGGCUGAUUCUCCACCAGAUAAAAACCUUAUAAAAGUCUUAGAUAAAAAGUUAGAAAAGUGUAGAAAUCCUGAGAAUAAUCCUGAUAGUGAGAUAUAUAAGAAGAAAAUGCAAGCAAUGUUAGAUGAAGAUGAUGAUUUGUAUAAUGCAAUAUCUCAGCAAAAUCAAAUAAGAGAUUCUUCAGCUUUGAAUAUGAGUCUCCCAGCUUCACCAGAAGUAGCUUAAAUUUAUUUAUUUGUAAAAUUUUAUGGUUAUAUAUGGUUAUAUAUGGUGGUAUAGUUU